AUGAAUUACGUCAAAGCAUGUACGAGGAAAAACGGCACUUUGAAUUUUCAAAAACGACACUUUCAGGUCGAUGCUUCCAUCAUCAAAACAGGCUUCGAUCCCAACACGUGUCGGUUCAACUUCCAAGUGCAAACUCAUCUCCGACACGGGGAUUUGGGUGCAGCACGCAAACUGUUCGACGAAAUGCCUCGCAAGAACAUCAUCUCCACCAACACCAUGAUCAUGGGUUACAUAGACUCUGGCAACCUUUCCACUGCUAAGAGCUUGUUUGACAAUAUGGUUGAACGCUCGGUUGUUACCUGGACAAUGCUCAUCGGUGGCUACUCUCAGAACAAUAAGUUCCGCGAAGCUUUUGGUCUCUUUGCUAAUAUGUGUUGGCACGGCACAGUUCCGGAUCAUAUCACCUUGGCCACUCUCUUAUCUGGGUUCACUGAGUUUGAGAGUGUCAAUGAAGUUGCACAAGUGCAUGCCUAUGUUGUCAAAUUGGGGUAUGAUUCCACCCUCAUGGUUUGCAACUCGUUGCUUGAUUCUUACUGUAAGACGCGUAGCCUUGGUUUGGCUUGUCACCUCUUCAAGCAUAUGCCGGAGAAAGAUAAUGUCACUUUCAAUGCGUUGUUGACGGGGUACUCGAAAGAAGGCUUCAAUCAUGACGCCAUCAACCUGUUUUUCAAAAUGCAGAAUUUGGGGUUCAGACCCACGGAAUUUACUUUUGCUGCGAUUUUAACUGCAGGCGUACAUUUGGAUGAUAUAGAAUUUGGGCAACAAGUUCACAGUUUCAUGGUGAAGUGUAAUUUUGUGUGGAAUGUGUUUGCGGCUAAUUCUUUGCUUGAUUUCUAUUCGAAACAUGACCGUGUUGUUGAAGUGAGAAUGCUUUUUUAUGAGAUGCCAGUGGUGGAUGGUGUCUCUUACAAUGUGAUCAUCACGUGUUAUGCGUGGAAUGAAAGAGUGGAAGAAUCACUUGAACUUUUCAGGGAGUUACAGUUUACUAGAUUUGACCGGAGGCAAUUCCCAUUUGCUACCUUGUUGAGCAUUGCUGCAAAUGCUUUGAACCUGAAAAUGGGUAGGCAAAUCCAUUCCCAGGCUAUUGUAACAGAUGCCAUUUCAGAAGUUCUGGUUGGGAAUUCUUUGGUUGACAUGUAUGCUAAAUGUGACAAAUUUGGGGAAGCAAAUAGGAUUUUUGCUGAUCUGGCUCAUCAAAGUUCAGUUCCAUGGACAGCCCUGAUAUCGGGUUAUGUUCUAAAGGGGCUCCAUGAAGACAGCCUAAAGUUAUUUGUUGAGAUGCAAAGAGCCAAAAUUGGUGCUGACUCAGCCACUUACGCCAGCAUCUUAAGAGCCUGCGCAAAUCUAGCUUCACUGACACUGGGAAAACAGUUACAUUCGCAUGUAAUAAAAUCAGGAUGCAUUUCAAAUGUAUAUUCUGGGAGUGCACUGGUUGACAUGUAUGCAAAAUGUGGAUCCAUAAAGGAAGCACUUCAAAUGUUUCAAGAGAUGCCCGCGAGGAACUGUGUCUCCUGGAAUGCACUGAUUUCAGCUUAUGCCCAAAACGGAGACGGUGGCCAUGCUCUUAGAUCAUUUGAACAGAUGGUUCAUUCAGGUCUGCAACCAAGUUCUGUUAGCUUCCUCAGCGUUCUGUGUGCCUGCAGCCACUGUGGUCUAGUUGAAGACGGAUUACAAUACUUCAACACCAUGACUCAAGUCUAUAAACUUGUACCCAAAAGGGAGCAUUAUGCAUCAAUGGUUGAUAUGCUAUGUCGCGGUGGACGAUUUGACGAGGCUGAGAAAUUGAUGGCUCAGAUGCCAUUUGAACCGGAUGAGAUAAUGUGGUCAUCGAUUCUUAACUCAUGCAGGAUCCAUAAGAAUCAAGAGUUGGCAAAGAAAGCAGCCGACCAGCUAUUCAAUAUGAACAUCCUUAGAGAUGCUGCUCCAUAUGUUAGCAUAUCCAAUAUCUACGCAGCAGCUGGUGAAUGGGAGAAUGUGGGAAAGGUGAAGAAGGCCAUGAGAGAGCGAGGGGUUAGAAAGGACCCAGCAUACAGUUGGGUUGAAAUCAAAUAG